GUUUUCCAGGAACUUGCUAAAAACGUCAAGUAUGCAAAUGACCCAGAUAUGGUAAGAUUAAAAAUUCACCAAAAGCAUUUUCUUGAGUUCUUACUGCCAUUUUUCAUAAAGUGUUAAAGUAAGCUCUGUGUCUAUAAUGUUACAAUGAACAACAACUUUGUUUCUCUGAAAACUGUAGGUAAUAAAUGGUGAUGAGGAUGGUUGGGAUAAAAUAGAUGCUGGGAUAAGACUGCAAUCAUGUGAUUACCCACAACACAAAAAAAAAAUGGCCAACUGUGGUUGCACCAAAUAA